AUGAAAGUAGAAGAAGGAGUAAGAAUGGUUGCAUCAGAAGUUCCUAUAAUUUUUAGUUUAGUGGCUGAAAAAUUUGUUGAAGAACUAACGCUACGAGCGUGGAUUAAUACUGAAGAAAAUAAAAGACGGAUUUUACAACUGAAUGAUAUUUCUGUAGCAGUAAAAACAUCUGAGAUGUACGAUUUUUUGGUUUAUGUCGUGCCCAGAUGUGAAAUGAACAAUGUUUUUGAUAGAAUGCUUGGAUCUAGUGAUAAAUUAUAUCAGCAUAUUCCUGUUGUGCUUGGGAAAUCGCCAAUGUCCCUAAAAAAUAAUAUGUGCUCGUCUUUUAAAAAUAACGACCAGUGUAAUUUAAGCAUAGAAUACAUAAUGAAUAAAAAAAAAGAUGAAGAAGAUACAAAGGAUAUGUAA